CCUGCGACCCCCGUGCUACUACUGCUUCCUUCCCAAAACAAAUCCCUCUGCCCGCCCGCCGCCAACCCCCUGCUCCCGCCGUCUUGCCCGAAAUAUCGCAUCCCUGCGUGCACGGGCGCCGCAGCCUGGUCCUCCAGGCCUCCGUUCCUCUCAUCCCCAUCCAAAUCUGGCGGAGAUCGAACUUCCGUGCCCGCGCCGCGCACCCGGAUUUUGGCCAACGGAAAAGGAAACAAGUAAAAGCAAAAAAGCCAGCACCGAGCCAGCCGCAAACCCCCUUGAGCGUCGCACCCCCGGCCGCCUUUCACGCCGCGCCGCUCCUGCUCUUGACCACACGGUCCACGCCCCCGGCCCCCACAACCGCCGCCUCCGCGCCGGAUGCGCGCGUGCCCGCCAUGGCGAGCGACCCCGGCGGGAGGGAGGAGGACGACGAGCGGGGCCAGCAGGCGGCAACGGCAACGGCGGUCGUGGCUGGCCCUGGCCCCGCGCGCGUGACGCUCCACAAGCGCAAGCUGCCGGCGGAGGCGGUGGCGCGGGUGGAGGCGGCCGACGAGUCGGCGGCGCUGCGGGAGGCGGUGGCGCGGCAGCAGGCCGGCAUCGCGGAGCUGCACGAGGAGCUGGAGGCGGAGCGCGGGGCCGCCGCCGAGGCCGCCAGCGAGGCCAUGGACAUGAUCCUCCGCCUGCAGCGGGACAAGUCGGAGGCCAUGAUGGAGGCCCGCCAGUUCCGCCGCUUCGCCGAGGACCGGUUCGCGCACGACGCCGCCGAGAUCGCCGAGCUACACGACGCCAUCGCGCGGAGGGACGCCGACGUCCGCUCGCUCUCCGCGCAGCUCAGGGCCUGCCGCGCCCGCCUCCUCCAGCUCGGCUUCCUCUCCCCGUCCUCCCUCCCCUCCUCCCCCAAGGGGGGCGGGGGCCGUGACCACCACCCCUUCACGGACGACCACGGCUGCCCGUCCGUCCGACGCAUCGACCACCCCGACCCUGCCUCCGACGUCGGCACCCCGCGCACCCACCACUUGCUCAACCGAAUGCCCAGCCGAGCCGCAGACAAGGGGGUCAUCAGCGCAACACCGCGGCGCUCACGUCAUGUACGCGCGCUCUCUGGUGACAGCUCGUUCGCAUUCAACGGUGGCAUUGCACUGGCUGAUGAGUUCCCGUUCAUGGUGGAGCAUGGUGCUUCGGACCGGGAUGAUGACUGUGACCGGGUAUGCACUGUUGAUGCGGUGCAUGGCGUGCCUGUCGCCACACCUGACGACUGCUGCCAUUUUGAGGCGCCAAGCGAGGUGGGCUUUGUGGGUAGGGUUGGGGCAUGGUCUGAGGAGCAGGAGAUUCAGAAGCUCAGUGCAAGGCUGCAAGCACUGGAGGCAGAUCGGGAGUCGAUGCGGGAUGCAAUCAUGUCGAUGGGAGCUGAGAAGGCGCAGGUUGUGAUGCUCAAGGAAAUUGCUCAGCAAAUCUGCAAGGACUCGACACCAUUUCCAGUAGUUCCAUCAAAAAUGGAGUCAGCUCCACAAUCAGUGGUCGUGGCACAGAGGAAGGUGGUGAAGAGGCAGCCUUCCGUCGCUAAGCUCUUCAUUGUGACUGUAAUUAAGUGGAUCGCAUCUGUCUUUUCUCGACAAAGGAAAUCAGACCGCAUCAAGUAUCCGUUUGGUCUCUGCGGAAGCUAUGUUGGACUUAUGCUGCUGCUUGACAGGCCCCGCAAACAUAGGAACAGAAGAUUUCUUAAGAAAAUCUAGGAGCGGCCAUUCACUGAUUAUAUUCAGUCGAGGAAAGGCUCAGCCGCGCUUUUGUGAUGCUCAUCCAGAUGAUUGUUUCCUGAACAUACAGCUUGUGAAAAAUGCUGCCAUUGUUGCAUGUCUUUUCACCAAUUUUGUCCAUACAUUCUUUGGUUGGUUUGGUCUGGCAAUAUAGUUGAACAUCUAAAGCCUUGUCUUGAUUUCCUUUGCCUAUUGUUCUCCCAUUGAUAAUUCAUUUUUGUAACCAAGUAUGAAAUGAUGCAUUUGUACAAAGUAAAA